AUGGCGGAAACGAAAUCGAAACCAAUCCCACGAAAAGACAAAAUUUGUGUGUGGACUUUUCCUGAAGGGACACAGCCUGCAGUUCGAGUUGAAGUCGACGGAGGGAAAAUCAAAGCUGAAGAUCUCCUAGAAAUAGCCGGGAAAACUUUGGGAAUUAACGCCAACAGCCUACAGUUUUUCGGUCUCUUCCGCGGAAUUGAAAAUCCUACUAAGAAGUACGGUAACAACGAAUUUAUUUACCUUCCAUGCCGCUACGUUAUAUCAAUACAAAAGUGGUCUUUCGACGUUCCGAGAGAGCAAAAGCAUCUUAAAACAGAUGCCGGCGCAAUGCACUUGAUCUGUUUGCAGUGUAUCGAGGAUAUUCGAUGCAGUAGGCUUAAGCCGAAACCAGAUCACAUUCCUCUACUGAAGGAAUACAGAAAUCCAGCUUUUCCUUGCGACAAGCAGUACGUGGAACUUUGCCAAAAAAUGUUCGGGUAUGGCUACGUUUUCCUGCUCGAUUGCACAAUUCAGAAUGAUGUUAAAAUGAAGGAAGUCUCACUCACACAAGGAAUGCAGGUUAAUCUGAUAGCCAACCGAAGAGGAUUAAUGAUAAAAUCAAGUGAGUGCGUGAUAAUUGUUCGCUCUUUAGCUAAUAAAACCAUAGAAAAUUUACGUAAUCAUUGUAACGCAGUGUUUAGGAAUUUAGUCAUACAUCAUUGGAUAACUUUCUUUAAAAUAGAUUGCCUGUUUCAUGAUGUAAAGCGAAUCGAAAUUUUCGAAAAUAAGAGAUUGUAAUGUAAAGUAAAAAUUUCCCUGCGCUCAUUUCCAUGGAAGAACAUCAAGGUACCGACAAACGAUUGAAAAUCCUUUUUUCGAGUUGAUGCGUAGAUGGCUGGUCAAAAACGGCGCACAGGAAAGAAAUUAGAGAAAAUUACAAAUUCAGAGAACUCGAGCCGAAGGAACUCAUACUUUUCGGCUCAUUUCUUGUUGUUUCAUUCAUUUUGAAAUUACGAAACAAACUCAAAAUCAUUAUAACGACGACAACGUGAAUAGCAACACUGAACUAACGAUUCAAGACGUUUACGGUAGACGUUUUGGGAUCGCCACCCUGUGUUAGUUUUCAUCGUUCAUUUGUAGCUCGCUCACCGCUCACAACGUUAAGGUAACAAAUGUCUUUUGAAAAUCAUUAUAACCCUCAAGACACACCUAUAGCUUUCACUUGUUUAGUGUUAUUCUCAACUGAGACUUAUGGGUCUGUUGAACAGUACGCUGAGCUCAGGGUCGAUAAGUCCUGGGUCGAGUCCCGGCCUGGUCAUUGUGUUCUUGUGCAAGGUAUUAAACUAUAGUAGUGUCUCUCUCCAUCCAGGAGUAUAAAUGGGUACCAGCAAAUUGUGGGUGGAUGGGGGUGGGGGAACCUGCGAUGGACUGACAUUCCAUCCAGGGGGAGCAGCGACCACUUCUAGUCACUUUGUUCUUCAGCGACCAGGAUAAGCGCAGAGAUAAAUUCUUUCGUUAGCCUUGGAACACCUAACCCCUUUUAUUCACUCUCAACAGAGAAGUCAGCAUUUUUCGCUCCAUGGCGAAAAAUCCGUCGUUGGUCUCAGGCUCAGGGUGACAGCAUUCACUUUGAGAUUUACUUUACAGAGGAGCUGCGGUUUGAGUGGGUAGAGGUAGAAACAGAACAAGUGGCCUUCCUCAUGUCAGUUAUCGCCGAGUUUGUCUACCUUAUGAAAAAAGAUCUCGAUGAACCAGAGGUGAAUACAUCCAUUUGGAGCAAGGGAAUCCCAAUGAAAAAGCUGACAUGGAAGCUCAUCAAGAAAGAGCUGUUCUCCAAAGACAAAAAACAAGAGGAGUGCGACGACGAAGAAGAACCCUGCCAGGGAUUUGAUAACCUGGAGGAAGAGGCUUCCACUGAUGAUGAAGGGUCAAGUGAUGACGAAGAAGGGGCUAAAGCUGCUACAUCUUCACAUAGAAGCUCCCAAUACCGUUUCAGUUGA